CCGGGAGCGAGAGGGAGAGGGACCACGGGGUUAACCUCGCUCUUCUGCGCGGGGCGGUUAUGAUGGUGUCAAGAGCAAUGGGCCACGAGGAAUGGAAGAAUGGCUACAUCAGCAGGGAGGUCAAACACCUACUCGAGAAGAAAGACCGACGCACCGGCGACACGGAGAAGUUCAUCGCUGACAUGGAGAAGUUCAUCGACAUGCGCGACGAUGCCCUCUACAACGGGACGGGUCUCUACAUGAACUUCGGUGGCAGGCUGCACGGGGGCGCUCGUCAGUACUCCCCGGACGAGAUGAAGGCGAGGGGGGACGAGAGAUGGCAGGAAUCGGUCAUGGAGGAGAAUCAGCUGGCCCAGGACAUGCGGAAGCUGUACGACGGCCUCACAAGGGGCAGGCCAUUCGAAAUGAAAAUCAAGAGGUCGAGCGAGCUGUCCAUCAAUGUUACCGUGCAGGCGGAGAUACCAGCAACGAGAAGAUACGAGACCCUCAUCUUGAGGGAGGAGAGGCACAUCGCGUUGUCGGGACACCCGGCAGACGGUUCUCCCCAGAUCAAGCGCAUGAUCGAAAUCGCGGACCCCCACAAGACGCUGGAAGAACUGGCCUACACGAGCGAGAUCGAGCUGUCUCAGAUGCUUCGUUUGGCACGGCACCUUGUGUUCUGGGGGUCCGGGCGGGUGAUCGACGCUCUCUGCGGCAGCAAUCGGUACCAGGUGACGAGAGAAGCUAUCAAGGCGACACUCCCUGGCUCUCCGGUGCUGGCAGAAUUUUCCGGGAAUUUUCCGAGGAGGGAUCUCAUGCGCGAACUGGACCGUUUCGGAGAGAUGGUGCCCCUCUCCACCAUCUUGGAGCAGAGCAAAAAGCACAAGCACAAGACCUUGAUAGCUGUGCUGAUGCUGUUUUUACGAAGGGACCUCCUGGUGCAGGUGCAUCGAUACGUCACUCUCGCCAUCCCAGAGCCGUCUUCUCGCUUCGUGGCGAGCGAGUCGGAAGACAGCGAUGACGAUGACCACUACAGCGACAGCGAUAGCCACGACGAUACUAGCUCGGUCGAAGAGGACGACAAUGUCGGCGGAAUAUUUUGCUCCGUCCGGCCGACUGCUGCGGGCACCAGCUCUGGUGCUAGUGUUGUGGUCGAACCUUCCGAUGGCGGCGCCGGGCGCGUGGGGCCUGGGUCCAAUUCCACGGGUCUCCGGCGAGAAGUUUCGCCUACAAGCGAUGCAAGGCAGGACCUUGGCAGGCAAGAGCGUGGUGGCGGGCGCGAUUGGGACGGUAUCGGUAGCGGGGCCCCUUCGGACACCGGUGCUGCUGCCGAGGGGGUAGGUGGUGCCCCUGCUGCUGGCGUCGGCCGCCAGGUUGCUUGCGUUUGCGGCGACGCUACAACUGCGGCUGCGGCUGCGGCUGCUGAGUACGGCGCCGCUGCCGCCGCAGCAGCAGCCGCAGCAGCCGCCGCCGGCGGCGCUAGCGCUGCUGGAAGCGUUUCUUACCCUUCGCCGGCAGAAAGAAGCGGCGGCGGCGGCGGCGGUGGCGGCAUCAUCUCCACCACCCCGUCUUCGUCCACGGCCGCUGCCGCGCCCGCAGAAAGGAGGGGUACUGGCGGCGCAUCCCAGCCCGCAGGGGGGCUUAUCACCGGGGUUCGCACGGCGGUAGGUGAGGUCGGAGGCGGCGGGGGCAGAGGGAGCGUCGGAGGGGCGUCCCACGGAUCGGUGGUCGGAUACGCGGUCGACGCGGCGGGCAACACCUUGGUGGAGGCGCCGAUGCUGGAGCCUUUCGAAGAAGAGUAUCUCUUGAGCAUUGACGACGGCUCAGAGGCUAGCAAGCUCAUGCGAAGGAUUGCUUCGCUGCUGCGGGGAAAACUUAGUAUGCGCGAGAUAGUCUGGCGCCUCGAGAUGACAAGCACCGCGUCCUUGGAGGUUGCCUUGGCCAAGCACGAACACAUCCUUUACGAGGUGUGGCGGCCCGCUCGAGACCCAGAUGCGGCGUGAUUUUACAUUCUCUUUUAUUUCUUUAUUGUUGGUCCUAUGUCGGUGCAGGUUGUCGGCUUGAGUAUGGAGGUCCUUGUCUUGGCAUAUUCUUUUUUUGUCGAUCGUUUUGUGGUGACGAGUAGGUUGGGAGCUGUGAUCGCCGCUGGACUAGAGAGAGAUACGUAACUGUGUUGAGAGUUGAGCUUGGACACGGUCUGAUGCGUUGGAUGCGCUUGGGGUGAAUUAAUGCUCACUGGCCGCGCGCUCUACUCCUUCGCUUUUCGCGACAAGUCGAAAGCAUUCGCUACCGAGGGAAGCUUGGGGUGUGCCUCGGGUACGUUAGGAACCUAUGUAGUUUUUAUUAUGCGAACAUGUUGGAUGGAGUAUGGAAUCGGGAGAAUUUCCGGGUUUACGGUUACGGUUACAUUUACGGUUUGGGACUACAUAACCCCUACCUCUCUUGUUUCAUGGACAAAGCUCUAUUUCUUCGUGUGGGCUCUCCCUCUGGUAGAAAGACCCGGCUUCGUGCCCCAUAUACCCUGCCCUGUCUUGAGCGAGGCAUGGAGGUGGCGAAAGUCAGGGACCAGGCUGGCGCUUACAACAGACUGCUGCAUGGAAUCCCUUUGAAAGUGGAUUGUACCUGGGGGUAGUCGAUAGCUGUACUAGAUGCGGGUUAGGUAGUCAAUCGGGGGGCGCGGGCGGCCCGAUAAGCAUGUGUGCUGAGGGUGUACCUUAAGCGUUGCAAAGUUUAAGCGCGGCGUUCCAAGCACCUGGUGGGAUAUGCAGUUCCAUUUCUAUAUGGCGUUGGGAUAUUUUCUCCAACACGUGUGGGUCUGGUAGUUUAAGGGAAGUGAGUACCCACUCGGCUCUUUGAGUACUCUAGAAAUUUAGGCGAAUUCCGCGCGACCCCCCCACUCCACGGAGGGAAAAUAAGUAUACAAUCCGUAGGGCCCCUGGUAUAUUUACCGUGGUGUUAGGACGCACGAAACUUGAGAACAAAAGUUCCGAACACCCGAGGUGUUUUUCUUUCGUGUACACGAUCGCCUGCUGUCUGUUCGCCUGUUUUGGUAGGGUUGGGGUCCUAGAGAUUUGGUCGGUGGGGCUUUCCCCCACCGCCUUGCAUCCCACCGCCGGGCAUAUGUCGGCGCCUUUAUGGCGCUGAUGGCCUUGUCUUCGGAAAAAUGGCGUAGUCCCGAGAGGGGUGUUGGAGGUCCAUCGGGGGCACGUGCCACCAAGGCUCGGUGCGCAGCGUUUGACUGGCUGGGUUGCUGUGCGUCGUGUGUGCCAUUGGUGCUUCCCUUUGCCCCCACCCCCUCAGCUUGCUCACCGUACGGUGUUGGCCUCUCUGAAUAGAGGAGCUUAGAUCCGGGGUCGCACACGGAAAGGCAUUCCUCUUGUGUGGAAAUAGUGUUUGAUUGUGUUUUACGUCUCUGAAGGCCGCGGGAUUUUCAACUUGCCCACACACGCGUUUGGGGGCUUCGACUAGGACCACCACAUCUGCGGAAGGAUCAAUCAACCACAUUUUGCACAGUGCUUUCUUUUUUCUUGACAGUU